AGCUGGUUUCCUUUCCAGCUUGUCCAGGCUUGGUUCCAGCAGUCCGCUGCUUCUCUGGGCCCUGGGUGCUGCUCGCCUUUCUCCUCCCUUAGCAACCGGGAGUCUGUGGACGCCACCAAGCAGUAACUGGGAGGCUGCGGGAGCCCGGGUGAGGAAGGGAGGUGCCCAGCCCAGGUGCUCCGAGAGAGCACCACCGCCGCAGCGCGCAAACCCUCCGCUAGCUUAGCCGCAUCUACACCUGCAGUGGGGUCCAAAAGGGAUUCAGCAAAAAUGAGCCAUUCUCACCCCGCUGGAUUACUUGCCACAUAUAAUAGCCUCACAGAUAAACACCUGGCUGGGUAUUUUAACAAUACCAGGAUCAGGCGGCACCUGCUAAGUUCCGGGCUGAUCACAAGAAGCGGGAGGAUACUUUCUGAAAAGGAAUACAAAGUAAACACUAUGAAGCAGGACCAGCAAAAAUACAUCCGAGAUUGCUUAGCCCAGGCCAUCUUCCACAAGGUCCUGGACAUGGAGCGCUACCACCAGCUUGAAAUAAAAAGGAAACUGGACACCUUAGCUAGGAAAGAGCGGAUUCAGAGGUUGAAGAGAGAACACACGAGACGGUUUAUUGAAGAUAACAUGCCCAUUCUGACUCCCCAUCCUCCAGCUGGCCCAAAGACGAACCGUGGCUAUAGCGUUCUGGCUGAGGAAGGACGUUCUAGUCCAUUAACACUGACAGCCUCUCGACCAUAUACUGCCCCUGGAAAUAUGCAGCCUCCGAUUCGAUUGCAGCCUCUUCUCACUAAUUGUGCAACGAGAAAUGUUUCGAAGAUAACUUCAGGGUCCAAACCCAAAACCUUAUUGCUGGAAAGUGAAGCUCCAUUUCCUAUUGGGGGCAAGAAGGCAAUGAUGAAGUUCAGGAACUCCAUGGACAAUUCCCAGAGGCUGGAUCCCUACCAACUUCCAGACAUUAACAGUUACCAGAUACCUGUCCCUCCCACACCCCUGCCCCAAGCAGUAAAGAUCUUCAGGGAGAACAGGUCCGAGCCUUGGAGGAGGAAGAGGCUUCGUCCCAUCACAGCUCCCAAUGGCUUAGAGCCCCUCUGCCUUAGGGAUACGGGAAGGAUUUAUAAAGCGGCCCCACAUAGCAAUGCAGUUAUCACAAUGGUCUAUUUUGGGAAGAAUGUGCACCUAUCUUAUGAUGAUCCAGACUUUCGAGAUGAAAUCAAGAUUUACCAACAGCACUGUGGAGGAGAGAACCUUUGUAUUUACAAAGGCAAACUGCUCGAGAAAGAAACCUUUCAGUUUAUCUCCAAACGGCACCAUGGCUUCCCCUUCAGCCUCACCUUCUUUCUGAACGGCAUUCAGGUGAACAGGCUCAGCUCCUGCUGUGAGUACAAACACCGCAGGAGCUCCAGGCUGGGAGGCAAGAGAGGCUACUUCGGGUUCGUGAGCGUGGAGAAGGCCUCUCCUUGCUACAGGUGCAUUAUUGCCAUGGGCCUUGACAGAAAACCAUCACCAGCAAAACCUAGGAAAGAAAAGACUGCCGAGAAAAAGGAGGAAACACUGAAGAGGAGCCAGGGGAAACUGAGGAAGGACAGAGAGAUUGUGCCAUCAAGAAGGAGCGAGGUUGAGGGGAAAGAAACCUCGGUCUCGGCCACUUUUUCAGCCGAGGAAAUAAAAUCAGGGGUCAGAGAAGUGAGAACGGCUAUAGAGGAAAUGGAAUGGAAGGGCAAGUCAGGACAAGACGUUUGGGAAGAGGACCAGGAAAACACUUUCAAAUACGACUAUGAAGAGGAUUUCGAAGUAGAUGAGGAAAAACCAGACGAGAUCGGAGAUCAGCCUGAAGAUCAGAUGAGUGGAACAUCCAAGUCACCCACUUCAGGAGAGAGAGAGAGUGCAGGUCCCGGAAAGGAGACUGAAAUCUCUUCAGAGAAGGCACCAGAUGUCCAUGACAGGGAGAACCAUGAGGAUGAUGGGUGCUUGGACAGUGACGAGGAGGAGGAGGAGGAUAAACAAGAUAUUAAGACCGUUUCAUCGAUCUCAUCUAGAAGUCACCCCUACUCUAGUGAGAGCGAAGAGGAUUCUACUGACAUGUGUGCAGAAGCCCACUCUGGGAACAGUGCAGGGGCAAGUUCCAGAAGUUCCUCCUCUCAGGACCUACAGGAAAAUGACGACCGAGGGAAAUUCCACCUUCCUGUCGAGGAGUCCUUGGAAACUGAGAUUGAAGAGCAAGAAAUCACAAAAGUAGAUGUGGAUGACGUACCUCCGUUGACAGAGGUUAGUUGUACACACGUUGCUGACGAAGAGCCAAGAGAGGGAACGCAAGAGUUUACAGAGAGUGAACCAAAGGCAUCUGGGCAGUCAGAGGUUAAGGGUCAGCUCCAGGAAGGAGGCGUCACUGUGGCGGAGGACAGGAAAGAAGGCCUCCCUGGGGUGGAAGAAGAGGGUAAGUUUUUCUAUUCACCUGAGCUGGUUGGACAGAUAACAGGUGGAGCCCAGCCAUCUGGCUCCAACACUGCAGCUGCACAAGGCACCACAGAGGACGGGGUGACACCCUCGAGGAAACCGGAGGUCAGCCUGGCUGGAGUGGUGGAGGAAAGAGAAGCUCGCAGCUCAAAUGGGCAACCUGAGCAAGCUGCACAAGAGGUGUACACACCAGAGAAGGACACAGCCAUGGAGGAAGAUGAACAUUCCCAGCCUGAGGAUGCCGACACUGAUGCAGGACCGAGGGAGAAGUCGGGGAGGGAGGAAGAUGAAGCCCAGCAUCCCCAGGAUGCUGACAGGAAUGCUGAGCUGAGGGACAAAGUGGGGGUGGCAGAGGUCCUCUUGGGGAAGAGGAACCUCACCGAAGAGCAGCCAGCAUUAGCAGAGCUGUGGGCAGAGGAAGGAGAGCACCCCCUGAGCACAGCUAUUGAGGGAGAGGAAGGAUCAGAAGGACAUAGCAGCUGUGGUGGAGAUCAGUUAAACCCCACAGGAAAAGUAGGAGUGGGUGUCUCACUGUCUCAGAGGGAUGUGGACCCCGACAGGCAGGCCUUGCUGCAGACAGUGAUGGAGAAGGGUAGGGCAGGUUCUGUAAGGGAACAGCUAUUGGAGAAGGCAGCACUCAGAGACACCACAAUGCUCAGCUCAGAGGCUCUGGGAGAAUCAGCAGUUCUGAAAGAAUCAGGGGCUCCUGAAAUGGAAGAGGCAGAGAGGGAGGCGGGCUCUCCAAGACCAGAGGGCAACCAAGGCAAAGAGGGGACUCUCACAGAGCUAGAAGACAUGGCGCCCGUGAAGGGAACAGUACCAGAGAGGGAGGAAGGUUUUGAAGAUGCAAUACUUGGAGGAGGGGAAGCAGCUACCAAGAGGAAGGACGUUCUAGAAGCAGAAGCACCCUUGAGUUCCUCAUCAGGAGAAGCAAAAGCAAGCCCCUGGGAGGAUGUCCAGGGCAACCCCGAGGCACUGUGCAAGGAACACAGAGCAAGGGAGGGAGUUGUGGCUGACACAGACUCUACCCUGGGACAGGAUCCCAGAGUAGUAUUCCCUGGGGGAGUAGCUGCAUCUGGAGAAUGGAAGAAAGUUGAGAGGCCUCCAACACCUCUGAGAGAAACCAGGUCUGAAAAAGAAGAGGUGACAGAGGUUAAGGUGUUGAAGACAGAAGAGAAGUUAGAAGAGCAAAAAGUUAAAGAGGAGGACACAGUGAAGGAAGUGAGGUCUGUGGAAGGGGUCCAGGCACCCCCCAACAAGACCGAGGCUGAUGCUGAGGAUAUAGAUCCUAUAAGGGCAACCAAGUUGAGUGAGGACCCAAGAAUUCUAGAAGAUUCACCCAAAGAAAGAACCAUCACCUUGUCUGAAGCUAGACUUCAAUUUGGAAAAUUGCUGGAAGAGAAUAACACCAGAGCUACAGAGCAUGAAGGAGAAGAAUUUCCAGGCCAGGAAAUUGAGGCUUCAUUCCAGCAGGGGAGGGCACCCAGCCAUGAUGGAACCGGGUUGCUAGGAGCUCCUGGACCUGAACCAGCAGACAAAGCUUGGGUUCCUGAGAAUGUUUUCAGAGCUCAAGAGUGGGCUGCCGAGGAGCUAGACAGCCUCAAAGGACCAGAGCGACUGGAUGAAGAAGUCGUUUUGCAAGGCCAAAGAAGGGGCAUCAUGAUGUCACAUGGAGAUCUUCCUGAGGAAAGGGUCACCAUAGCAGAGGUGCUGAGUGGAGAGACUGAGAGAGAGAAGAUGCAGGAAGAGGAGGGUGAGGGUAGAAAGUACCCUCCAGGGACGGGGACUGAGAGCCCGGCAGGGCAGGACUGGGCCAUGGGAAGAGACACAGUCACAGAUGAGGAGGAUUCACAUGGAGGAAGAGUUAGAGAGCAGAGGGAAGGGUUGGCAGAGUCAGUGUCAACUUAUGGGGACAGUGUGGCCUCCUCCUCUUCAGACGGCCAGAAGGAGACUCGGAACAGAGCAGGCGAGGCUCCAGGAGACACAGCAGCUGAGGACAGGGGGCCAAGGACAGGGAAGGUGGCAGUGGCAGAGGAGAUGGCAUCAGCAGGGGCUGUGGAGAACACAGAGGAACAGCAGGCUCCUGAAGUGCAGGACUCUGAGGGAGGGGAAGAGAAGCCCUCUCAGUAG